AACGUAUAUACAUUUAGGAAAGCAUACAUGUGUUCAUUAAGUAUACUCGACAUUCGUGAUCAUUCGAAAUAAUCUUCCAAUUAUACUAUUCCAUAAUAUUAAAGAUUACUUUAAACAUUUCACGUACAACAAUUGUACAAAAAUGACAAUGACUCCAGCUACAAAGCAAAAAAUUGCAAUUAUUUUAAAUGUGAGCAAAACUGUAUUUCAUUGGGGAUUUAUUCCUGCUAUAUUAUUUUUAGGAUUUAGAAAAGGUGCUGAUCCGGGCAUGCCUCAAUUAUCACUUAUAAACUUAUUAUGGCAAUAAAACUAGCUACUUCAUUCUUCAUGAAGAUAUUUCCAUUGCUUAACUAUAUUUCCCAAUUAUAUUUCUUUAUUUCCAUUAAAUUCAAUGUAUAUUUAUUUAUGUACUAAUUGUUACAGCUAAAAUUAUUAAUAGGAAAAUGCUUUGAUGUUGAGUUGAUCAAAAUAAAAAUUUGAAUUACAAUGUUUUACCUACUGUAACGAAAAAUAAAAAAAAGGACAGGAUUAUA